AUGGACAAGCUCAGCGUAGAGAUAGUGGAGCAUAUUGCGUCGUAUAUGGAUGCGGGCUCGGUGAUGGCACUGAUGGCGACGUGCCGAGCGAUGCGCAAGCCGUGCGUAUCACGGCUGAGCCCGGAGCGCUACCUGCAAAAGACGUUCCGCCAGGCGUCGUCACUGCUGGCGGCAAUGGCAGACCACGGCUGCGUGCUGUCGGGCUCGCGGGCACUGGAUUACUUUGUGCCGGGAUCGACUGGGGAGGCGAGCAAGUCGGACGAGGGCGAGGAGCUAUCGGACUGGGACUUUCUGGUUCCGUGCGUGGAAGGUAGCGUAUUGGGGAUGAUGGAGGCGUUGGCAGCGUGCGGAGUGGACUGGGGCGACCACCGACUGUCGGAGCUGAUGGCGCUGCCCACUCGGCGCCUGGGAACGACGGCAGUGGUGUCGGCGACCACGGCGCAGCGGCUGCUGAACCAGCCGUACAGCGAGCAGAUGCGGUCGAUGGACGAGAUCGUGGAGCGACUGCGGCAGUGCGGAACGCUGGGAGAGACGGAAGAGCUGCCGGCCGAGGCAGAGCGGAUGCUGCGAGGACUGCACGCGUUUGUGAAUGAGAUGAUUCACGCCGAGUUUGCGGGGGUGACGGUGCAACAGACGCUGGCAGAAACGACGGGCGGCCAGACGCGGUUCCGGUUCGACAAGGUGCAGCGCAAGAGCAGCAACAGCAGCCUGGGCCUUCUCGGCGAGUACGGCGGCUACGACAUGAACUCGUACGGGUCCAUGUACGGGAUGCCGGGGGCCAACGCGAACCAGCCAAACGCGAUACACCUGGUCAACUGCAGCAUAAUGACGAGUCGGACGGGACGACGGGCCAAGGUGCAGCUGUUUCAGUGCCACAACAUCGCCUCGGCCUCGACGUCACAGUACAGCAGCAGUCUGCGGCAUUUCCGGGCGACGACGCCGCUGACCUACGUGCUGGACGGCUACUAUGCAUCCCACGCGGUUGUGUGGCCCUUUUCCGAGGCGCAGGCGCCGGCCGUCACCAAGGCCGUGGCCAAGUACCGCCAGCGCGGCUUCCACUUCCGCCAUAGCGGCCUGCUGGACCUCGAGGUCAACAGCCGCAUGUCAACGGCGUUUUCGCCCGAAGCCUCGGACUCGGCUGUCGGUCGUGUCGUCCUCGAGCUCGUCGCCGAGGCCAAGGCCGCCCAUCAUCUCGGCCAGCCCGGCACGCUGCUCGUGCGCUUCCGCCGUCUCGAAGACCGCCUCGCCCAGCAGGUGCGCGCGCCGCCUGACGUCCUGUCGGCCGGUCGCCUCGUCCAUGGCCUCUAUCGCCAUCUGCGCGAUGCGGUUCUUCGCUUCCGCUUCGACUUUAUCUCUGGUCGUCCCGUCGCCGCCGAGCCCGUCAUGCCGCUGUUCUCCGACAGCUAUGGCACCAGCCACAUCAGCUCCGCUCACAGCCGCUUCCUCGUCCACAGCGACCCGCCCUUAUCACCCUACUCGCCAUCAGCCGGUUUCGUCCGCCCCAUUAGCGCCUCGCGGCUGCUGCCGGCUCUCGCUGUCGCCGACGCUGUUCCCCCGGCCAUCCCGCCCGUCGGCGUGCUCACGCCCGGCGACCCCGACUGGACCCGCUGGAAGUCCAUCCUGUCACUCGCCCCCAUGUCCUGCCACUUGACUAGCUGCGAGCGCCAUCUCAAGCACAAGCCGCCGCAGAUUUGA